CUGUCUCCGAUACACCUGCGCACACACACACACACACAGACAGCAAUGAGAUGUGGAGUGUUGCUAUGAAUAAAGUGGAUAAACAUGAAGGACAGCGCAGCAGAGACAACUGGAGUGGAGGAGGGGGAGUCACACACGUUGGAACAAGAACAUGACUUGAAGAUGAGCUGCCCUCAGCCUGAGUUAGAGGAGGAUUGUCCUCCACCAGAGGAAUUAGAGUGUAAAAUCUGUUACCAACGCUUCAAUGCCCACAACCGCAAGCCUAAGAUCCUGGACUGCCUCCACCGGGUCUGUACCCGCUGCCUCAGUAAGAUCCUUGACAUUACUGAUGGUGCAGGCUGCAUUUCCUGCCCAUUUUGCCGACACCAAACAGAGAUCACAGAGUUUGAGGUGUCAGCCCUUCCGGACGAUGCCAACAUUAUGUCCCACUUGGCAAUGCGGGACAAAUCCUGGAGCUCUAACCAAGGGGAAGUGGUCCUGACUCCAAAGAGUUUCUCCUCAUCCAGCCCAUCUCAUGAAUCCUCCAACUGCCUCGUCAUCACCAUUAUGGAAGUGCAGCAGGACUCACAGCACUCACCAAGCCGCAAUGGUAGCUCUGACAUAUAUGCAGAGCAGAGCCUGGACUCAGUAUCUAUUGGCUCCAAUGGGCCAAUUGAUCAGGACGCCCUGUCCAAAUUCUGCAAUCAUGUCCCACGCAUCCUGGUCUGGCUGCUGGGUUUCUUAUACUUUGGCUCACUUCCUCUAGGAAUCUACUUGUUAGUGAUCCAGAGAGUGACUCUGGGUAUUGUAUGUGUUAGCUUGGUGCCAUCAAGUUUAACAGUUUGCCUGGUCUAUGGAUUCUGCCAGUGUCUCUGUCAGGGGAUGUGUGACUGCUCCCCCAGGGGCUGAUAUGAUGCCAUAUAUGAUGAAGUCAGCUGCAGAAAACGGGUUUGUGGUUUGUCCAGUGAACAGAUUUAAAGGCAUGGGAGAAAAGGGGAUGUUCUGUCCCUGGCCUAACUGACUACUAGUGAGUUACCUUCAUGCAAAUAAUGUGCCAGUCACAGUCUUAGUAAAAAGACCAUCUUAAGUGACGGGCUAUGCUUUAAAGUUCACCAAUGAAAUUCACUGAUGAGCUCUGUUAGUGAGAACAGCAUUUAGUUUUUGUGCUGUGUUUGCGUGACCCUGUUUGUUCUGUGUUGUGUGUUUGACCAAGUCUAACAUCAGAUUUGAGAGUAGACCUCUUUGACUUGUACAUUAAUAAUACUGAUAAAGUCUAAGACUCCUGUUUAUCAUUGUUUUAUGAUGCUAUAUUUGUAAAUUCAUCUUCAGAUUCCUGUAUGUUUUGAUCAUGCUCUAAACUAACAGUACACUGUAGCAUCAUGCGGGAAGAGGAGCACUGCAUAUAGAUAUCCAGCACCAGCGGGCUUUGGUAUGCAUGUCAUGGAUAACAUGAGCAAAGAAAUCAGAACAAUUCACAGUUCUGAUUUCACAACGCCUACAUUAAGAAAUGCAGAAUAUUUUUCGGUCUGUUAAAACUACAGGUACAGGUAGAAUUGAAUAGAUUGUAAUAGUGGCACUGGUCUUGAAAUCAGCUAUUGCAAAUACAGUAUUAGCAAUAACUGAAUACUGAAUAUGAAGCCCUGACGCUGUUAUUUAUGUGUUGUAAGAUGUCGGUCUGUUGAACCCACUGAUGAUAAUAAUAAACUAUUUUUAUAAUAACCAUUUAUAUGAAGCACCUUUCAAGACACCCAUGGACGCUUUACAGAAUAAGCAUUUAAAACCAAGUAAAAAUUGGUAGACGAAAGAAUGGUAAAAAAGUAAAUAAAAAGCACAACAAAUACAACAGUAAACAAUAACUAUUAAGGUGCUGCUGACACACUGUAAAACAGAAUAUUGGACACUGCUCUUUUAGGAAUUGCCUAAAUAGCCUAAUUAGUUCAAUGACAUUGACAACUUAGUUAGUGAAUGAUGACCAAAACAUUAAAAGAGAGCACUUUGGCUUGUUUGAGUUAAGAAAAUAAUGUAUAAACUAAAUAUUAAAUAUAUGAAACGGGUCAUCAAAAAAGUCUUGUCUAUCUCAAGAAAGAGAUUUGUUUUAUGUGAAGAAAGACGGAGAAAACAGCAACUUUGCACAGCUGAAAACACAGGACAGCUGUAAACGGGUUGACUGACAACACAAGGGAGCUCAGAAAGUGUUUAAGAUGCAAGUGUCACUAGUUCAAAGGAAUGGUAGUUUAUAUUUGCAGAUGUGACAAAUGAUUUCCAAAUUUUCUUUUACUCACAAGCAUUUUACAUUUUACUCUUGGGGUCAGUUCAGAGCCUUUUCUUCACAACUGAUGAGGGGGAGGAGCUGGAAAUGUAGCAUUUUGGAAGAAAACAAUUAUUUAGUUGUAAAACCUUCUGUUGUUGGAGUUGUUUUUUUUGUUGUUUUUUUCUCUUCUUUACAACAUGUCACUGUUUAACUACCUGUCUAUCUACACAGUCCCAUGUUUUCCUGUGUUUAUGUCUAAGGUUAACUGACUUAAGCUCUUAGCUUAGUUUCACUGUUUUGGUUAAAGAUGCAAACAAACAAUAAAUACACAUGUUAUCUAUAAUGCAAUAACCUGAAUAUAA